AAUCUGGAGUAUGACCCCAAUCUCCUCAUCUCACAGACAGAAGACAUCACAACAAUGGAGUUCCAACUAGCUAAUUUGGGCUUUGACCGCACACAAGUGGCUCCAUCUUGUGAACACACAUCUAUUCUAAAGUUUUUAAAAUAUGAUGUUUACCUUUACUAUGGAGGAGAGGGAGUGACAGAUACAUCACCUUUACUCUCUGAACUCCAAUAUUUCAACAAUGGGGAUAUGCAACAUUUGGAUCCGAUAAAUCUCCAUAAGUUUAGUUACACAUAUGGCCAUGGAAAAACACGUUUGCUGUUUGCAAGGUAUCCCAAUAUAGCCACAUAUUAUACAGUCAUAGUAAGGAACCUAUUCAACAAUGGUACAGGGUGGUCAAGUUAUGUGCCAGUUGUGUCAGAUGGCUGCCAUACUCAAUCUACAGGGUGGUUCAACUGUGGAGAAACAUAUAACCUUGCUGCCAGGAUUGUGUGUACAGUAGUUGGUGUAAUUGGCCUGUUUCUUUGCUUCUUUGGACACAGGUUCUUCAGAACAGAGAUGUUCCUGGUUGGUGCUACAUCAACUCUCCUAGUCAGCUAUAUUCUAGUACUUAAAUACUCUACAUUUUCUAAUAUUGGCCAAUAUAUUACAACUGGAGUGAGUGGACUUGUAGGUGGAAUUCUGUGGUUCACAUUCUGGUAUUUUGUGGGAAUACCCGUCCUCUCAGUGCUUCUCAUUGGUCUACUUCUGGGCUACCUAAUAUCAAGCAUUGCAUUCAACCUAACACCACUUGGAGAUCUUGACUAUUGGGCUACAGAGUUCAACUAUGGCAUGGCCUUCACAUGUGGUAUCCUAGUUGUACCUGUGUUGUUACUGGCAUUUACCAAACAGUUGAACAUAAUUGCAACUAGUAUCCUGGGCAGUUUUGCAGUAGUGGUUGCUAUUGAUGUGUAUAUUGGCAGCUAUAUGGCCUAUAUUAUACAAGACUCCAUCAGAAAGGCAACUAUUGAGGACUUCAGACUUGUCCACACCAAACCACCCUUCCAGACAAGAGAUAUGAUACUGUGUGUCAUUUGGGUGUUACUUACAAUCUGUGGAAUAUCCUUUCAAAAUUGGCGGGAAAAAGACAGAAAACCCUUCCCAGAUUGCCCAAAUACAAUCAGAAAACUGAAAGCACGUCGGAGACUUGCAGAAAUGAAUACAGAAGGUGCCCCUACUCCCAGAACUCCUCUUCUGGCAGACCAGCAAGCUAGUGCAAGGUCUUAUGGGAUAGAUCCAGGGUCAAGGUCAUAUGGUUCACCAGGAACAGGUGCAGGUGCUUACCCUGCUAGAACUGUAGACACUAGUGGUUUUGUUGAUGCAGGUAACACAGCUACAGAUAGACAGAUUGAUAGAUAUGCCAGUCAACCAACAUAAUGACCUUUAUCAACACAGGCCUAUAAGUCAACUAUCUUAAUGACAUAUUGACUUAAACCAAUAUUAGUCAUUUAAAUUAGGUAAUAUAUGCCAGUCUUCCGAUA